AUGUCCGUGGCUGCUUUGGUAAAUAAGAAGAAGCUUAUUUGUAAUUUAGAGAGGUAAUGCGAAAAUUAGAUGUCUGAUUUCGAAAGAAACUUCAAUUAUAGCCACUCCUAGGAGGUAUUGAGAAGCAUUUUAAUUUAGCUAGAAGAUUUAGCUUAAGAAACUUAAAGUGAGGGGUGUUCUGAUGAGUCUCUAAUCAAGUAGAUUUAGUUAAAUCUUUAGCUAAAACGUUUAUAAGCAAGAGUUUUAGAAUGUAUUGGAACUAUCUAUUUGGGUUUGACCUUACCGAAUCAAAGUCUGAGUGUGCUAGAAAGAGCAUCAAGCAUACUGAUAGAAAUUUAAGAAAUAAAGGAAUAAAAUUAGGAUUUAUUAGUUCAACAAGAAUCGGAUUUAGAUGAAAAAGAAUAAAUUUCAAAAAGAGAUUAGCAAGAUUUGAAAGCAAUAAGUAGAAUUCUUAUCAAAACUUCCUACUCUCUGUUCUUGAAAUCUGAAUCAAAGUAAUGCUAUAGAUAUCUUACAGACGCUCAUAAUUAUUUAAAGUAGAAUAACUUACUUAAUUCAGAAGAGGAGGCGCUUUUAAACUUUUAUUAUGGUAAUUUCUACCGUUUCAUAUUUUAAGAUGAACUCUCUGAGCAGUGCUUUUUAAAAUGCAUUAGUAUAAGAGAAAAAAUAUUUGGAUAGAAUUCAGCUAUUGUUUAUGAUGCUAAAUAAGAACUCGCUAAAUUAUAUAUUGAAUCAGCCUAGUUAAAUUAAGCUCAGCAAUUAGUAGAUGAAGUUUUUAAAUAUAAAAUUAACGAAUACGGGGAAUCCAGUCCCUGUACUAGUCUAAUCUAUCUUUACAGAGCAUCUCUUUUAUUUGUGAUUAGCUCAAACGUCGAUGAUGCUUUGAAAGAUGUGCUAAAAUCAAUUUAGAUUAAUACUCUUUACAUAGGUGAAUAUAAUAAAAUAAAUGCAGAAUGCUAUCUUUUGCUUGGUAAAAUACUGGCAAAAAAAUAUCCCUCUUCUAGAAAUUAUGAAAAAAGAUACUAUUAUAAUAAUCCGAAAGCAUCUUGUCAAUAAUUAAAUGCUCCUUACCUUUUCUAAUGGAAUUAAUAUAAAUCUAAUGCUAACGAUUUUUAAAGCUCACCGAUAUCAUCUUCUUCAUCAUCAUACUCUGCAUCUAAUUUCUCUUCAAAGUAAUCGUCUUCAAACAGUUUAAGCUCACAAGAUUAUACAAAUUAAAAUUUCUUAAAUCUCUAAAAAUUAUAAUUCAACAAAUACGUUCAGUAGCAAUUCAAAGAAAGCAACAUGACUAACUUCUGUUCAGAAAGUGCUAAUAGUUUUUUUUUGAAUGGCUAGAGUUAAAUUAAUGAAGAAAUAGAGCUAUUUUAAAUAUAUUUUAAUAAGGCUCUUCACAUUCUUAAAACCCUCUUUGGAGAAUAUAAUGGCUGUGUUGGGAUAGCUUACAACGCAAUAGGAAAAGUUCAUAUGACUUUAAAGCAGUAUGAAAAGGCUUUAAACUGUUUUAACACUUCAAUAGAUAUUUUUAAAGCUUAAAAAGAAGCUUAAGACUAAAUAAACAAUAACAGUUCUGAUGAUUUUAACUUUUGUUACUAUUUUGCUGUAAAAUAUGCAGCAGAUUGUAACAUGAAACUAGGAAGACUUAAAACAGCACAUAGUUUAUAUUAAUAAAUACUAUAAAUAAAAGAUCUUUUAAAUCUUAUUUUUAAUAACGAACAAACCGAUGAAGACUUGAAUUCCAAAUAAAAGCUAGAAUAUAAAUAUAACUAACCAUAAAAAUAGCAACAAAACCAAGAUUAUUAACAUCAACUACCAUUUACUCUUUCAAUAAUGCCAACUACUUAAUCAAUUCUGCUAAAUAGUUCUCAAUCAAUGAUUGAAGACGAGCAUAAAAAGCUUUUUGUUUCUCCUAUCGACAUCAAUUCUUAAUAAAUUAUAGAACUAUUAAACUAAUCAAAAACUGAAGAUUGA